AUGGAUGAAGCAGAAGCAUUAUUUCAUGAGAAGUUUUACAGCCGUGAAGAACUUAUUCAAAAAGCGAGACACUUUUACGCCUCAAAAGGGUAUGGACUAUCUAUCAAAGACUCUAAGAAAGAUAAAUAUGUUGUGCUUUGUUGUGAUAGAGGUGGUAAUUAUCGCAAUAAGGGGAAAAUUCCUAUAGAAAAUAGAAAAAGGGUAACAUGUACCAGACUCAUAAAUUGUCCUUUUCAAAUUGAAGGGAAGUUAAAGGGAUACUUUUGGAGCUUACAAAUAAAAAAUAAUAAUCAUAAUCAUGACCCUUCAGAUGACAUGUCUGGACAUCCUUCAUCUCGUUGUCUGACCAAGGAAGAAAUAGCAGAUAUUGAAAAACAGUCGAUGGCUGGAAUUCAACCACGUCAAAUUAUUUCCUCAUUGCGGCAAAAGAACCCUAAUCUUCAAGCUGUAGCUCGAACUAUAUAUAACUUGAAAAAUAAAAUUCAGAAAGAAAGUUUGGGUAGUCGUUCUCUAAUUCAAGCUCUCUUCGAAGAACUUGAACAAGGAGGUUUCACAUUUACUUAUGUAAAAGACGAUAAAGGUCAUUUAACCCAUGUGUUUUUUGCUCACCCAAGAUCAAUCAUGCUGGCUAAAACAUAUUCCAGUGUAUUUGUGAUGGAUUGCACUUAUAAGACUAAUAAGUAUGGCAUGCCAUUACUUGACAUUAUUGGAAUGACAAGUUUGAACAAGUCAUUUUAUGCCGCCUUUGUUUUUUUACAAAAUGAGAAAGAAGAAGACUAUGUUUGGGCUUUGAAAAAUUUCAGUAGUAUAUUGGGGUUCAAUUGUCAACCACAAGUCAUUGUUACUGAUCGGAAAUUGGCGUUAAUAGGUGCUAUAAAUAUUGUCUUUCCUGAAACCACUCAUCUAUUAUGUGUUUGGCACAUCCAAAAAAAUAUAGUUGCCAAAUGCAAAGGUUAUUUCACAGAAAUAGAAGAUUGGGAUGUGUUUAUGUCUAUGUGGAAUGCAAUGAUAUAUGCGGAAACUGAAGAGCAGUUUGAAGAAAGUUGGUUGUUUUUGCAACUUAUAUACAAAGAGAAGAAUGACAUCAUAGAUUAUAUAUCGAGCACGUGGAUUCCAGUAAAAAAGAAAUUUGUGAGUGUGUGGACCGAAAAGAUUUUGCACUUUGGAAAUCGUGCGUCUUCGAGGGCGGAAGGUGCACACGCAAAACUUAAAAAAUACUUGCAUGUUUCAACUGGAAAUAUUCGUCAAGUCAAAAACAAAAUUUGUCUUGCAAUUGACAAUGAGUUUCAAGAGAUUAAAACGCAAGUGGAAAGUGAAAAACUCCGAGUCCCCCACAAGUACAAUGUUCCUUAUUUCAAGGAUCUUAUGAAUAAGGUAUCCAUAUUUGCUUUGAAAAAGUUAUAUAAACAAUAUGAGAUGGCUAGUUUAGGGACAUUGAAAGCACAAUGUACUGGUAAUUUCGUAGCAACAAUGGGGCUACCUUGUGCUCAUAUGAUGUGUGAUUGGAAGGAAGGGACUUUGCCUUUACACCUUAUAAAUAGUCAAUGGAGGAUUGAUACAAAAUUCAUUACUAGUAUCAAUGAAGACAACACAUGUGCUGAUGAUGAAGAUGAAAUGAAAGAGUUACUUGAUAAAUUGUAUAUAGCUUAUCAUCAAUGGCCUACAUUUCAGAAGGUGGAAGUAAAGAAAAAAAUAUAUCAGUUACUGAAUAUGGAAGACCCAUUAGUCACCGAGCCAAUUUUACAAACUCGCAAAAGAAAGAGAAAUACAAAAUCAAAGAAGGGAAUGGGGUCGAGUUCAACUCGAAGAGAUCCUUCCCAAUUCGAAAUGGUUGAAGCUGUUUGGAAAAGCCAAAAUAGUCAAAAUGUUGGAGAAACAUCUACAAGUGGAAUUGAUUUGAACGUACCACUUUUCCAGGAUCCAUCUCUAACUUCAUUAGAAGUGCUAAAGUAA